AUGACGCCCAUACCUGAGCAGCCAGUGCCUGAACAUCCCGUGGCUGAACAUCCCAUGGCUGAACAUCCCAUGACUGAACAGCCCAUGGCUGAACAUCCCAUGGCUGAACAUCCCAUGGCUGAACAUCCCAUGACUGAACAUCCCAUGGCUGAACAUCCCCAUACAAUGGAAGAAGAAAAUAAGGAGCAUACUCCUGAGAAAACUGGCGAUUAUUAUAAAGAUGUAAAACAGUAUGUCUUCACAACACAAAAUCCAAAUGGCACACAGUCUGAAAUAUCCGUGAGAGCAACAACUGAUCUGAAUUUUUCUCUGAGAAACUAUAAACUCUUCAAUGAAACAACUACGACGGCACCUCCUGAAGUAGUCAGCCAUGAAGAAAAAGGAACCCAGAGUCCAAAUGAGCCUGCAUUUUGGACAAUGUUAGCUAAAGCUAUAAAUGCAACCACCAGUGAGGACAACCAACGAGAUCAAUUUUUUCACCCAAUUCCAAACUCUGAUGUGAACGCUACAUGGGAAGACAACACGGCAAGAAUACAGGAAGCCAAGUUAAAAUUAAUGCUGGGCAUCUCACUGAUGACCCUCUUCCUUUUUGUCGUCCUGCUGGCAAUCUGUAGUGCCAUGCUGUACAAAAUGAAGAUGAUGAAAUAUAAACAAGCAUGUCAGACUGGUGAAUACUCCGUCAACCCAGAGCUGGCCACCCUGUCUUACUUUCAUCCAUCAGAAGGCGUAUCAGACACAUCAUUUUCCAAGAGUGCGGAGAGCAGCACAUUUUGGGGCACCACUUCUUCAGAAUUAAAGAAAUCAGACACAAGGUCAAAAUCUAGGAUGACAGACAUGACUUCCACAGCCUCAGAGGAGAAUGAGGAGUCAGACAUAAUUCAGAGUGAGGAGCCCAGCGAAGAACCCACAGAUGAUUAG